ACAUCGAUACUUAAUGCACCAAUGUUUGCUUACAUCACUAGCUGAUUAAUUAAGUGAAUCAUAACAUUACAAAUUACCAAAAAGCGAACAGAUAGCAAAGACCGACACCCAGACACCAUGGCUGCCACUCUGAAGCCCUACCUGACCGCCGUUCGCCAUUCGCUGACUGCGGCGAUGUGUCUACAGGAUUUCCCUUCGCAGGUGGUGGAGCGGCACAACAAGCCGGAGGUGGAGAUCUGCUCCAGCAAGGAGCUGGUCCUUACGCCCGUGGUGGUAUCGCGAAAUGAGCGGGAGAAGGUCCUGAUCGAGCCCUCGAUCAACUCGGUGCGCGUCAGCAUCGCCGUGAAGCAGGCGGACGAGAUAGAACGCAUUCUGUGCCACAAGUUCACCAGGUUCAUGAUGCGCCGCGCAGAGUCCUUUGUUAUUCUGCGCCGCAAGCCCAUUGAAGGCUAUGACAUCAGUUUCCUGAUCACCAACUUCCACACGGAACAAAUGUACAAGCACAAGCUGGUGGACUUCGUCAUUAGCUUCAUGGAGGAGAUCGACAAGGAGAUAAGCGAGAUGAAGCUAGCAGUCAAUGCCAGGGCCCGCACCUGCGCUGAGGAGUUUCUUAAACGCUUCUAGGUGAACGCAGACCAGUCUCGACCCGACCCCGAUGUUUUAGUAUUUCCGAAUGAAUUCAAGAAUAAAAACGGCAUUUGUAUUAUUUA